UUGUGUGUUCAAUCGAUGCGAAUGGCUAGCAGAUGGCAACUUUUUUGGCUUUUAUUCGUUUCGUACGUCUUCAGCGUUUACUUUCGGAAGUUAUUCUCACUGCUGUUGCCGUUCAUUGUUCACGAUGUCGGCCUGACAAAGGAUGAAAUCGGUAUGACACAAAGCUUCACGCAGUUCGGCGCGUUUGCAAUUGGAAAGUUAUUAUUCGGUGUUGCUUCCGAUCUGGUCAACCCAUCGCUAAUCGUCGUUCUUGGAAUGAUCGGUAUCAUCAUUUCCACCUAUACGAUGGCUAUAUCAACUGCCCUGUGGCAGUUUCUCUUAUCAGGUGCUAUCAACGGAUUUCUACAAGGAAGCGGAUGGCCGUCCACUGUAAAGAUUGUUCGCCAGGCGAGUUUCGCACAUUCUCAACCGUUUUGCGCAAACGCGCAGUUUCAAAUUUUCACAGCUGAGGAGUUCGGAAGGAUGUUCACAAUUCUGGCGUGUACGAAUAAUGUUGCCGGUUUCGUUGGACCUUUCACAUUGCUUCUUCCAUGGCGACAAAUUACUUUCGUUGCAGAAAUUUUGUCUGACGUUUUCGACUUAUCUAAUCCAACUUUCAUAUUUCAUUAUAUAAAAUCGGACUCAUUGCGAGUUUCAAUUGCAGCAACACUCGCAACAGUCUAUGUGGCAUUCAUGUGGAGUGUAGUCCGCAGAAGUUAUCAUUACGAUUCAAACGAUUCAUCUGCUGACCAAUCAAAGCAACAAUCAGAGAACAACAAGAAAACAAUAGCCAAACACCAAAACUCAUCGUUUUCAUGGCGUGUUUUGCUGCAGAGCGAAGUGGUCUGGUUGACGGCCAUGUUCUACGCCUUCACAAUGACAUCGCGAGCGAUUGCCGAAACUUGGAUACCAAUAUAUGUCAGUGAGAGCGCUUCUGAAGCAGACGCACUGCAAGCAUCGUUUGUUUUUGAAACCGGAGGUGAGAUUCGUCGCAUUCGUUCGUCAUCCGAACUGCUUGUUGACCACCUAUGCGCCGCUAAUGAAAUUUAUCUCGUAAUGAAAUUCUUAGCUCUGAAAUUCCUACAAUGCAUCCCUUUUGUUUUUUGAUUCUUCGGAAGUGUUUUCUCAGGCGCAGUUGCAGACUUCUUGUGUGCUUACAUUGCGUUGGAUCGUUCACGUUUCCUAACUGGUAUCAUGUGCACGGUUGGUAUGUUCGCCUCUCUUGGGACAUUGUUCACAUCGGGAUGGAUAUUGACGAGUUCAUUCCUGUUCGGAGCGUGUGUUUAUGCGUGCAUCAACAUAUGGGGAAUAAUAUCGACGGAUAUGGUCGAUCAAGCGUUCACGGGUCGAUGCAGUGCUUUUGUUAAUUUUAUUUCGAAUUGGAUGAAUUUUGUCACCGAUGUUGAGAUUAGCAUGAAGAAGCAUUUUCGUAACAGUUCUAGUGAAGGUUUUGUCUGA